AGUUGUCAAAACUUGCGCCAUCACUGCCAAAAAGUUGUUACCUUUCAUCGAGUGCUUGAAUUGAAGUAAAAAAAAUAGAUAUUUGUGUCGUAACAAUUACUGGUGAAUUAUAAUUGUUGUUAAUUGUAUUAUUAACUUUCACUUUCAUUAUGGCACAGUUGAUUAAAGUUACUCUUCCGAACUACCUAUCUGGUUUGCCAAUACCCGAUACUGUAGGAGGAUGGUUUCGUUUGAGCAUCAAGGACUGGAUUUCAUUAAUACCCCCUUUUGCUUGUGUUGCUGGUGCUACAUAUGUCUCAUAUCUGGCAUUCUGCCCUAAGGCUAGACCACCACCAUGUGGAAAAGUGAAUCCUAAGAUACUCAAAAACUCUCCCAAAGUUGUUGACACUGUAGAUGUUGAGGAUAUAGUGGAAAAAGCAGUAUUCUGUCGAUGCUGGAGAUCUAAGAAUUGGCCCUAUUGUGAUGGAAGUCAUGCAGCUUAUAAUAAUGAAAGUGGCGAUAAUGUAGGACCAUUGAUAAUAAAAAAAGAGUGAAGGAAUAUAGAAUACAUUAGGAGAAAAGUUGUAACAUAAUUUGAGAGAUGGGUAUGAAUAUAGUACUAACAAUAUAGGUGUAAGCUAAAACUGGUUGAUAUUUAAUAAAUAAGUCUUGUUCUUGUU